UAUGAGCAAGAACCAACCACUUAAAAGAACCGACCUUGGUGAGUGGGAGUUGAGUAAGGGUACAGGGGUGUAAAGACUGGCCAUUGGGAGGGGACUCAGGGGGUUUUAGGGAGAAAUUGUAUUUUUGGGAUGUAGAAAUUAGUUUAGCCGCUUUUAUCUUCUGUAAACUUCCAAUACCUGAUUUUUUAGAAUUCUUAUGAUUGUCUGAAGUAGCUGGCGAUGUUUUAUCACUUUAAUGGAGAAUUUUACCAAAAUAGGAAAGCGUGAAAGCAACACAAACAAAUUCCUAAACAUCAUGAUGAAGGACCUCUUCAUCGAUGAUUUCAAUAACCAUCUAGAAGAACCUGAGGAAGAAACAUUCUCAGAGGUUAUAACCAGGUCUUGGGGUGAUCUCAUCGAGAGAAUAAAAAUUAUUUUUACAAAAUACUCAAUUUACGAAAAUUCCGGAAAGAUCUUCCGGAAAAUUAAGCAAGAAUGUGCCUAUAUUGGCUACCAAAGCUGGAAAUCAACCAGCAUGAGAACUGAGAUUCCCUCUCUCAUCACAAUGAUCAUCAUGAUACUUACAAUCCUAUUUGUAAUAAUUAAGAGUAAGUGUUUGUUCUUAGAGUGUGGCAGCUCUCUCAGAUGCCUCACAAUACCAAUUUUAUCCAAAUUUUGCUUGAUAUUUUCCUAAAUUUUAUUUACUAUUACUCGGCGAUCAAUCAAUACCUGAUAAUAGAGAUAAUAUAAUGUAGAUUCAACAAUAUUUAAAGCAUUAUAAAGAAAUCUAGGUGGUACUCUAAACUUUUUAGAUACCCUAUCUUGCCAUAAAAUCUGUCCAAUAUCCGUAUGAGCAUAUUUUAGAUAUAUAUCGGUCUGUCCUUUCCUUCUCAGCAGCUGGUUCCUUCUCUUCAUAUACUAUCUCAACAAGGGAACG